UGCACCCCGACAACAUGACGUUCCGUACCAAGUACAUACGUUAAUCUCACCGUCGAAUCUUUCACAGACCUGACGCGAUCCGGAACACCAACUCCACGGGGGAGAACGGCACACCGUAACACGCCAUGUCCAGCGGCAAGACGCUGCGCUCGCUGGCGCCACUUGUACAGCGCCGCGCAUUCAGCUCAUCACGGCGUCGCCAUGCAGCCAGCGGCGCGACCGCAUCCGAGGCCGCCUUGCGCAUGCUCGACACCUUUGCCGGAGGCGUCUCUAUCCGUCGCCAGAUCCUGGACGCCAACCAAGUUCAAAAACUUGCCCUGACGCUCGGCCGUACAACGCUGGGCGACACGGACAUUUCCACGCAAGCACCGCGCGCGGGAACGCCCAUCCCCCCGGGCUACCAUCUCGUGUACUUCACGCCGGGUGGCCUCGAGUCGGAGCUCGGCACCGACGGGACGGACCGCACCUUCAACGCUCCCCGGCCCUUCACCCGGCGCAUGUGGGCGGGCGGGCGCAUGUCGUGGCCGGAUGCGACCGCGUCGGGGCACGCGACGCUGCGGGUCGGCGACGAGGUCGAGGAGCGGACGCGCCUGGUGAGCGCGACGCCCAAGAAGAGCCGCGGAGGCGGUGAGAUGGUGCUCGUCGAGGUGGAAAAGGAACUGUGCGCGCCGAGGGGCUACUCCGUCAUCGACAGGAGGUCGUGGAUCUUCCGGCCCGAGAUGGAUCCCGCGCAUGCGAGCGAGGGCGCAUCGUCGCUGACCGGCGAGGUGCCUCGGGCCGCGACGACGAUACAGGACGUGGCUUCGGACGACGCGAGCGGGUUCCCCGUGCGGCAGCUGCGCUGGUCACCGGUGGGACUGUUUCGCUUCUCGGCGCUGACGUUCAACGGGCACAAGAUUCACUUCAACGAGGAAUGGAGCCAGCGGGUCGAGGGACAUCCCGGCCUUGUCGUCCACGGGCCGCUGAACCUCAUCAACAUUCUCGACUACUGGCGCGACGUGCACGGCGCGGGGCUGGAGCCGGCGAGCAUCGGCUACCGCGCCAUGUCGCCCAUAUACGCCGGAGAGGCGUAUAGCAUCAAGACGGAACGGGUGGGAGAUGAGGAGGGCCAGCGGACGCAUCACAUUGUUGCUGAGAAGAAUGGCACGGUGUGCAUGAGAGCAGAGAUUGCUACAUAGAGUUUUGAAUAGACACGGAUCCGAUAGAUUUAUUUCUGCUUUGGGUAUUUCAUGAUGUGUUUAAUGCGGCAUGAGGGACCAGCCGCACCUGCGACCUUGAACGUACUUCGUCGCCUUGACGGCAUUCAAAGUAUCGUGAGC